GGGGCGCGGCCUCCCGUCGCCGGGACCCCGCCCGGGCCGCUCGACUCGACCACGGUGCCCGAGCGCCGGGCCCGCGCUCCCGGCCCGGCUGACAGCUGGCGCGCGGUGGGCCCGCGGACGGUCGCACCCGGGGCGCGUGUUCCGGGCUGCAGGGUUUGGUGGAGGAAACACCUGAAGUGGUGGAAAGUUGGUGCGGACACCCGGCCCGGCCGCAGCCGCGGGGAUGGGAUAGACGGGGCACGGGCCCAGGGACUCGGGAGAACGCGGGGGCAGAAGUGCCCGGCCGGUGUGAAGUUUACGCGCUGACCACGCGGGCGCCUGUGCGCGCGGGGCGGGACCGGGCGCCGCAGUCGUGGGGGAAGCCCGGUGCUGGCAUGGGGGGCGCCGGACGGCGGCCGGGCAGCUCCGCGCAGCAGCAGACAGGUGCUCUUUGGGCGUCUUUCCUGAAGUCCUUUGCCCUCCGCCACUACAGCGAAUCGCCUUACAAGUUACGUUUUUAGGAUUUUCCUCUAGAUACAGUAUUUUAUUUUCAGUGCACUUCCAGGAAGAGGCACCCAGGGGCCUUAUUUACGUAUGUCUUAGGAAGCAAAUGAGACCUUCCUUAUUACUACAUGCUUCUGAUGCUUUUUAGCUAUUGUACGUGUUUCUGGGUAGGACCAUUCAAGUUUAAGUAGUGAAAAUAUGAAUCAAAUUGCAAAGCAUAAUUUCAAGUGUUUUUUCCAAUUGCGGUUGUUUUUCUAGACCGAAGUGAAGGUGGAGUCAUUUGUGUAUCUUCUUUUGUGUUUUUUCUGUGACCCACACCAUCCCUGUUACUUAAGAGAAUUGCCAGCCCCCUUGACUCUCCUUGUAUUUUGGGUGAAUUUCAGUAGACAAAUACAUGCACCUCUCUGGAAGCAAGUCCCUGCCAAGCUGAGCCAUCAGGAGAAACUUCUGUUGGCAUUCUCAUGUUCCUAAAAAAGGGAAGUUAUUUGCUUUGAAGUUAACUCUGAUCAGAUCAGUCCAUAGGUUUUUUUUUCUUCCAGCUUUAAGAUCAAGUCCAUAGUUUUGAAGAAGCCACUUUAGAUUUUCAUGAGACGAGUGUGAUAACGCACCAUGAUAAUGGCGCAUCCUUGUGACUUUUUAUAUUAAUUUUUUAUGUUUUCUCUAUAUCAUGGUGAUAAAAUUAGGAGACGAUGAAGGAUUUAGUUGGAGUUUUUAGAAAGUGCUCUGAAUAAGCCAAAUUUCAAUUAUGAAUUAAUUUCCAUACAAAGUUAUCUUGUGAGAGGAAACCGUACUCAGGGUUUUCCAAUGGGCUGUCCAUGCAGGGAUGCACACUUCCUGUAAUCCUUAAACAGAUUAUAUCUGCUCAUCAUGAUUUACAUUUUCUCAGGAAAAGAUCUAGAAAUCUUAAGAGAGAGUCUGUGACUCUUCAAGAAGGUAACCUCCUAUCUUGGAAGAAAGCUCAGACUUGCGUUCACUUCACAGGUGUUUGCUUGACACCCCUUCCUCCUCCACUGUUCUGGCUAAUUCCUGAUGUUUUUGGACAUGAAAACUCUGCCCUGUUUUUCAGUGUCACCACACAGAGGAGGAGGUUUGUGAGUAACUCAAGCUGUGCAAAGAAUGUUCCUAACGCAUUGGGAAAGGUUUUAAGUGAAUUAUUAGGGUCACCGAUUGAAUUCUGUGUCUGCGCAAAGGAGCCGAUGCGGCAUUUACGUAGCAAAGGAAACGUGUGUACCUGUAUUUCAGAUCCCUGUCUGGCGAGGAGUUUGGAGCGUGGCCAGCACCGGGCAGUGGAGCUGUUGCGGCAUGAAGAGCGGUGACGGCGACUAAAUCUGAUUUGCUGGAGAACAGAAGCAGAACCACGGAAAGGCUGGUUCCAGAUGCCGUCCAGAUGCACGGUGAAUAGGGCACCCCCUCCUCCUGUGGGAGUUUGGUGUGGAAGAAGCCAGGUGGCUGCACUCGUGUUUCUCAGUCUGGAUUUUGCCAGCCACGGCCCUCAGUGGGAGCCCUUACAAGUUGGCGCCUAGAUCCUUCUGACACAAUUCUCGUCCUCUCUCAGAGGUUCCUUGCUCUCUGGUGUGCCAGAAUGUUCUAGGCUCAUUUUGUAUUCUUCCUGCCCAAGACCUGCAAUCAGCCAUUCCUUCAAAAGCCCUGGUCUUCUUUAAUGGGAAAUGAUGUUUCACAACUGUAGUCCGGAUGUCAGAUAAUGCAGAAGGAUCGCUGUGCCACCAAGAUGACGGCGAUCCUGUGUCUGAGACAAGCAGGUCCCCGCUGUGUGAAUGCGUGUCUGCACCGUGGAGUGUUUAAGAGUAGAACUUCUGGAAGGCAGCGGUCCGCACCCUGAUGACGCGCUCACCAGUUCCCUGGUCUACUCCUCAGUGAGAUGUAUGAUUAGCCAUAUUCAUAAGCAUCCCGGAAGAUAGGAUUCUCUUGAAAGAACUGGAGAUAAUGUACAUUUGGAGGCACAGAGGAGCAUUUGCAUCAGUUUUCUACCAACCCAGGCGGUCAGCAUCGUGAGGCAGCCAGAAUAGUUAUGGUCAGUCAUGGAGAAUCACCAGGAGACGCGUCCCGAAGCGGGUGGGGAUUUUGUUUCUGAUCAAAUACAUUUUAAAAUAGAAGAGGAAGAUGACGAUCACAUCGCUGAUCACAGUUUGGAAAGAAUGGACUUUAGAAAUGAGCAGGAGAACAGGAAACGGGCUGGCAGUGGGGAUGAACGGGCAGAGGGCAGAGAGGCGAGCUGUGGCUGCCAGCCCCCGGGGAGGCGCGUCUCUCCUGACCCCGAGGACGACUACGGGGCCCUAUUGUCACAGUAUAACAGCACCCUGUACAGCGUGGCCAUGGAGGCCGUGACGCAGAGCCUGCUCUCCGGCCGCGGCAUCAGCUCCAGGAAGAAGUCCCCGGCUUGGAAGCAUUUUUUCAUCUCACCCCGGGAUAGCACGAAGGCCAUCUGUACGUACUGCAUGAAGGAGUUCAGCAGGGGCAAGAACGAGAAGGACCUGAGCACCAGCUGUCUGAUGCGGCAUGUGAGGCGGGCGCACCCCACUGUUCUUGUGGAGGAAAACGGCAGCGCGCCGGCCCCGGCCCCCCUCCCUGCCCCUCUGCCGCGGCUCCCGCCACCGCCCACUGAUGCUGGAGACCCGGGCACCGUCCUGUCACCUGGCAAACUCGUCCCCAGAACGGCCUCUAAGAGCCCAUCUCCCCAUCAGGUGACAGAGGAACUUGGCUCUGUGGUUUCUUCCGAAGAGGCGCCCUCCGACGUGUCAGUCUCUGAGAGGUACAGCAGGGAUGAAGCCCUGGCGGGGCCGCCUCCCCAGCCUUCCAGCCUCCACUGCGAUGAGCCUGCAGAGAACGGGGCUGAGAAAAACCUCCCCCUGCCCAGGAGCGCAUCCGGGUCCAGGAGGAGGUCUGCCGUCUGGAAGCACUUCUACCUGUCGCCCCUGGACAACUCCAAGGCCGUGUGCAUCCACUGCAUGAACGAGUUCAGCCGGGGCAAGAACGGGAAGGACCUGGGCACCAGCUGCCUCAUCAGGCACAUGUGGCGGGCGCACCGCGCCAUCGUGCUUCGGGAGAACGGCGGGGGCGCUGGCGUGCCGCCCCCCUACUCCGCACCUCCAACCCUGCUGCCCACCCCGCCGCCGCCUGACGGAGAGCCCAGCCCCACGUCCUCGUCUCCGGGGAAGCCGGUGCAGGACUCCGCCUCUGCGCCCUCCUCCCCCGACCGGCUGGCGGAGGACCCGCCAGCACACUGGAACCUCGGAGACACGCAGGUGGAAGACGUGUGGGCGUUGUCCUCCUCCUCUGACGUGGGUGAGGCCUCGUGGGCGUCCUCUCCCGAGAAGCAGCCGGGCGACACACCCAGCCCUCGCCCACUCGAGUCCGGUGCCGUGUUCCAGCAGAACAAGAAGGUCAUGAGGAGGCUGAAGUCGGAAGUCUGGCAUCACUUCUCGCUGGCCCCCACGGACAGCCUCAAGGCCGUGUGCAGGCACUGUGGCUGCGUCAUCAGCCGGGGCAAGAAGGGCGACGUGGGCACGAGCUGUUUGAUGCGGCAUCUCUACAGGCGCCACCCGGAGGUCAUUGGGAACCAGAAGGGCUUUCUGGGGGCCAGCUUGGCGAAUUCGCCAUACGCCACCUUGGCUUCUGCGGAAACUUCCUCCUCCAGAUUAACUGACCUGCCGACCAUGGUCACAAAAAACAAUCAAGUUAUGUUUCCCGUCAACAGCAAAAAGACCUCCAAGUUGUGGAAUCACUUUUCUAUCUGCUCCGCAGACCCCACGAAGGUCGUGUGCUUGCACUGUGGCCGGACGAUCAGCAGAGGCAAGAAGCCGACCAACCUGGGCACCAGCUGUCUCCUGAGGCACCUACAGAGGUUCCACGGUGGCGUGCUGAAGCCCGAUGCCCCCAGGACGGCGCCACCCUCCCCUCCUGGUGCCCGUGGGCCCCUGAGCUCAGAGUCGGCAGGCGCCUCCUCCUGCGAUGACACCAACGAGAAGUUUUCUGAUUCGCAUCCAGUUGCCAAAAAAAUAACAAGUCUCAUUGCUGAAAUGAUCGCACUUGACCUCCAGCCGUACUCGUUUGUGGACAACGUUGGCUUCAAUAGGCUGCUCGGAUACUUGAAACCUCAGUACUCUCUGCCCCCUCCGUCCUACUUCUCCAGGACGGCCAUCCCAGGUAUGUACGACAAUGUGAAACACAUCAUCAUGUCACAUCUCCAGGAAGCCGAGAGCGGUGUGGUCCACUUCACGUCUGGAAUCUGGAUGAGCAGCCAGACCCGGGAGUACCUGACCCUCACCGCCCACUGGGUCACCUUUGAGUCGUCGGCCCGACCGCACCGCGAGGACCACCACUGCUCGGCGCUGCUGGACGUGUCGCAGGUCGACUGUGACUACAGCGGUGGCAGUGUCCAGAAGCAGCUGGAGUGCUGGUGGGAGGCCUGGGUGACGUCCACUGGCCUGCAGGUGGGCAUCACGGUCACCGACAGCCCCAGCAUAGGGAAGGCACUGAACGAGGGGGCCCGCUCGAGCGUGCAGUGCUUCAGUCACACGGUCAGCCUCAUCGUCAGCGAGGCCAUCAAGAGCCAGAGGAUGGUCCAGAACCUACUCAGCACCGCACGGAAAAUAUGCGAACGGGUCCACCGGUCGCCCCGGGCGAAAGCCAAGCUGGCGGAGCUGCAGAAGGAGUACGAGCUGCCGCCCCACCACCUCCUCCAGGACGUCCCGUCCAAGUGGAACACGUCGUUUCACAUGCUGGAGCGGCUUAUCGAGCAGAAGAGGGCGGUGAACGAGCUGUCUGUCGAGUGUAACUUCCGGGAGCUCAUCAGCUGUGACCAGUGGGAGGUGAUGCAGUCCGUGUGCCAUGCGCUGAAGCCCUUCGACGCCGCCAGGCGGGAGAUGAGCACCCACGUGUCCACGCUCAGCCAGGUCAUCCCCAUGAUCCACAUCCUCAACAGGAGGGUGGAGAUGCUGUUUGAGGAGACCAUGGGCAUCGACACCAUGCUCAAGUCCCUCAGGGAGGCCAUGGUGAGCCGCCUGUCCGCCACCCUCCACGACCCCAGGUACGUGCUGGCCACCCUGCUGGACCCGCGCUACAAAGCCUCCCUCUUCUCCGAGGAGGAGGCGGAGCAGUACAAGCAGGACUUGAUCAGGGAACUAGAAACGCUGAAUUCUACCUCAGAGCCCACGCCCGUCUCCAACGGAUGCGACCCGGGCUCCCCACCGCGAGACUGUGCCGGCGAGGAGAGCCUGUGGUCACUCAUGGCCAAGAUGAAGAAGACCGAGCCCAGAGGGAGGACGAAGGUCCCGGAGGACAUGGUGCUCGCGUACCUGGAGGAGGAGGUGCUGGAGCACAGCUGUGACCCGCUCGCCUACUGGAACCUGAAGAGGGCGGCCUGGCCGGGCCUCUCCACCUUGGCCGUGCGGUUUCUGGGCUGCCCCCCGAGCAUCGUUCCCUCCGAGAGGCUGUUCAGCACACCCACUGAGAACGGCAGCUUUGGCCAGUCCCGGCUCACGAUGGAGCAUUUCGAGAAACUUAUUUUUCUGAAAGUGAAUCUUCCCUUAAUAUGCUUCCAGUAUUGAAGCUCACGGUGGAGCCACCAGACGAGAAGCAGCAUCUGUCCCGGGCUGGCGGCUCGCUGCGGUCGGGGCCCUGCGGGACAGCAGGCCGGUCGCUCAGGUCCACAUCCAUGGGAGGUUCCCGUCCCGGCCCUCGCCGUCAUGUCCACAUGUGCCUUACCCAGUCCUUCAGGCCAGGUACCACGGUGUGUUUUUUAAGAAGUCCAGUAGAAACAGCCUGUCUUGUCAGUUAUGAAAUACAAUGAUUAGGUUUUCAUUCGUAACUGUAAAAUUUUUUAAAAGUUGGGGGUUAGGAGUUUGUUUUACUAGAAUGGCAGAGGAGAUAUAAGCAGUUUUAUUCAGUAGGCUUUUUAUUCGAUUAUGUAAAAACCACAAAUCAGGUACUGUACUUUAGUUUAAAUGCAACAAAACCGCUCUUGUGGCUGUCAGACAAAACCUGUGUAUAGGAGGUGGAGUUCAAGCCAUCCCGACUGAGCCGUUCCUGGCUGCAGGCUCCAAAGUACGUUCAGGGGACGGCGAGUGUUCUGGGAGGUGACUGUUUACACGACAGAGACGUGGCUUUCGAAGACAAGCCUGCACUCACACGUAUCCCGGAAUGUCAGUCAUGUAGGGUUCAGGGGAGAGAGCACUGCCGUUUCAGGGGUUUGCCCUCGGUGCCACGUGGGCUGUUAGCUCGGACACAUCCCCGCCAUUCACAGUGAGCGCCGGUGGUGCCUGCUGUGUAGCUAGUGCACGGCGUGACACGUUUACAGCAUCCUGUUGAUGGAAUCUCCAAGCCUCUGACUCAGUGGCUCUACACCAUGAAGCUAUCUUGAAAUUUGUGCACUGAACCCCAAUUUGAUCAAAUUAUGUAUACAGUCCUUUUUAGAAGAGGUGGCUUAUUAACAGGGAAGAAGAUUGCUAUAAUACAGUUGUAAGAAUAGCCUUAGGUGUUUAGAUUUUCUUUUUGAUAAUAGGGAAGAUUCAGCCAUCAAUGGGAUAUUUUAGAAUCCCAAGGACAUCAAAAUGGAGUAUCAGUCAUCAGGUUUUUUUAACAAUAAUACGUCUUCAAAGUUUUUGCCUCAGUGUCUAGAAAAGGGUUCAUUUUCUUAUUUCGAACCAGGUAAACACUCUGGGUGAAACAAGUCACUGAUUUGCCUGUGGCCUUUAGAAAAGGUGGCGUUUUGUUCGGAUACUGUACCUGUUGUUAAUCUGAACUUGCAUCGACUACGUUUUAGUGUAUUUAUAAAUGGUGAACCCCGUUUCUGAAAUUAAACUUUUUAUUUGCAAUUUUC